AUGAUUUCACACGCGUAAUGUGGCUGUCUUCAGUACUGAAACUUGAAGAAAAGUUUAAAACUUUAACGUUCACACUCUAAAUCACACACACAGUCCUAACGCCUCCACUACUGCCUCCAGUCCACCAAGAUGCUGGAGCGAGUCCUCUCGUUCCGUGGUGCUUCUCCUCACCCCGACGACGCCGUUUCCGACUCCGACACUUUAGCCAUCUCCGGCGACGAGUCCAAGACCAAGAAACAGAGCCUUUACUUAUUGGCUGCCAAUUACAUGUCCCGCUUGUCGCACGUCUGUCCUUGUCCUACCCCGUGUCUAAUCCUCUGCCUCCUUGUUGUUUUUGUGUCCAUUGCUUCUCUGCUAUUUCAUUCGCGGAACUUCGUCUGCGUUUCUCCUUUCGAUCCUAAGACCCGGGUCGGAUUUUUCGGGUUCGAUGGUCUCGAGUCGGAUUUUGGAGUCCUUGGUGUUCCUUGGUGCAGAUCGAAACAUGGAAAAACAGUGGAGUGGACAUCCAAGGAUUUAAUCAAGGGCUUGGAAGAGUUUGUACCAAUAUAUGAAACUAGGCCAAUCAAAAACAACGUGUAUGGAAUGGGUUUUGACCAUAGCUUUGGGCUUUGGUUUAUUGCAAGGCGGCUGAAGCCUGAUCUGAUGAUUGAGAGCGGUGCUUUCAAGGGGCAUUCCACUUGGGUACUGCGACAAGCAAUGCCAGACACUCCAAUUAUUUCGCUUUCACCCAGACAUCCUGAGAAAUACCUAAAAAAGGGUCCUGCUUAUGUUGAUGGAAACUGCACAUACUUUGCUGGAAAAGAUUUCGUAGAUUUUGGAAGUGUUGAGUGGAAGAGUGUGAUGAAGAAACAUGGGAUUACUGAUCUCAGUCGAGUCCUUAUAUUCUUUGAUGACCAUCAAAAUGAACUAAAAAGAGUAAAGCAGGCACUGAAUGCUGGCUUUAAACAUCUUGUUUUUGAAGAUAACUAUGAUACUGGAACAGGAGAUCAUUAUUCCUUAAGGCAGAUAUGUGAUCAGUCCUAUGUAAGAGGUGGUGGUCACAGCUGCUUUAGGGAUAGCGAUGAAAGCAGGAUUAGAUCAAAAAGAAAGAAAUUCUGGGAGAAGGCAGUUGACAUAGAUGAACUGUGUGGUCCAAAUGAAGUGUGGUGGGGUGUUAGAGGCUGGAUGCGGGAUAACUUUAAUCACAGUAACAAGCCAAUUUCCUUUGAGGAACAUUUUCAGAGCAGCCGGUUUAUUGAAUCAAUCCUCGAUGUUUAUUGGGAGCUUCCCCCAGUAGCUGGUCCUUCCCUCACUCAUCAAACACGGUAUGAUCCUGCUCGAACUACACCACCUAUUGUUGAAGAUGGUCGCUAUGGCCUGUUCCAGCGGCUUGGUCUAGGUAGACUAGAGACAUCUGUAUUUAAUGGCUAUACCCAGAUGGUAUACCUUCAAAUCUCUGAACAAGAAAAUUAAAGCUGUCCAGAGUGGAUGACAGAGCUAUUAGGUUUCAGUAGAUUGAAACACAAAGGUUGUUAAUGUUCAUGCCUUUUUCACAGGCUUUCAGAAUGUUACCUUUCUUCUAACAUGUUUGGGCAAUAUCCUGUUAAUAUUUAUUCCUUUA